AUGGCGCCCGUAGCAGUCGAAACGCCUCACCAUCCACCACCGCAAGCUUCGUCCAAGACCACCACCGGCGAGCCCGUGGACCGGACGAUCUUCCCCGACGGGUUCAAGACCUCGGGCCAACAUCCUCCCCUCUACGACAAGCUGUACCCUUACAGCGCGUUCCCGAAGAAAAUCACCGGUCCCACGGUCUGGACGGACGAAUACACUAACCGGCCCGAGACAUGGACACACGUCUUCUCGCCGCAGGAGAUCGACGAACUGUCGACUGCGGCGGAUAAUUUCCUGGCCAACAACCUCCCGCUCACGGGCAUCAACCCGGAGAACUUCCCCUUGCCCGGCAUGGCGGCGUCGCUGCGGUCGAUGCGCGCCGAACUCCUCAACGGCAAGGGCUUCAUCCUGUACAAGGGCUUUCCCGUGCACGAGUGGGGCAACCACAAGUGUGCCGUCGCGUACAUGGGGCUGGGCAGCUACAUCGGAUACCCCGUGUCGCAGAACGGGCGCGGCCACAUCCUCGGCCACGUGAAGGACCUGGGCGAGGACAGCACGCAGAUCGACAAGGUGCGCAUCUACCGCACGAACGCGCGGCAGUUCUUCCACGCCGACGACUCGGACGUCGUGGGCCUGCUGUGCAUCGCCCGCGCCGAGGAGGGCGGCGAGUCCGACGUCGCGAGCGUGCACCAGGUGUGGAACAUCCUGCAGGCCGAGCACCCGGACGUGGCCGAGCUGCUGACGCGGCCCGUGUGGUACUUCGACCGCAAGGGCGAGGUCUCGCGCGGCGAAGAACCCUACAUCCGCACCAGCGUCUUCUACCUCGAGACUCCGGCCGAGGGGGAUCCCAGCGUUCCGCAGAGGGUCUACUGCAAGUGGGACCCGUACUACGUGCGGUCGUUGACGCGGUUCUCCGACCAGGGCAUCAUCCCGCCGCUGUCGCCGGAGCAGAUCCACGCGCUGGAGACGCUCGAGGCCGUGUGCAACCGCGUCAAGCUGCACAUGGUGCUCGAGGUCGGCGACAUUCAGUUCGUGAGCAACAGUCACAUCUUGCAUGCGAGGACCGCGUAUCGGGAUUACGGCCCAGACAGCGGCAUGCCGAGACGGCAUCUCAUGAGACUGUGGUUGAGCACGCCCGUCAGUGAGGGCGGGUGGAGGCUGCCGUUCCAUGACGCCGACGAGAGGAAGAGAGGCGGCAUUCAGGUCGACGAUACGCCGCCCGUGGCGAGAUUGGAUGCGGAUUGA